AUGGUGACUUCGAGAAUACCGGCUUAUUCUCUAAAUUCGGAGUUCAACAGGGAGUUCAGAAGUUUCCGCAUAACUCGAGCCACACCACGUUCGACAUUGUACGCACCAGCCAUCGUUCCUAUACACGAAUACCCUAGAGUUAGCGUGCAUGAGAGACGAGAGGCACUUAAGGCCGCGCUAGCGAAAGCGUGGUCAUCCAAAAGCAGUGAGAGAAAAAAGCAUGACACAUGGUCAGUUCCAAACGAACAAAGCAGGGCGGGAAUAACAGCUGCUGACUUUGAAUCUAAAACACAAUUCAAAUCUAAUGUUAAAAGCGACGAAAUUUCUCGUGUUGCACUUGUUAGGCAUGAAUUUGAAAGCAAAGAUGCAGAGCGUGCACAAAAAUUGGAAAAAAUGGAUAACAGUCAACCCGCCAGUUUUACCUACGGGAGACUCAACGGAAACUAUAGCAGUGUAAACAGCAUUAAUAUACAAGAAUCUCUCAAAAAGAACUGUGAUAAAGGUUUACACAACGAUAUAAGCUAUAACGAUUACCUUAAUAAUGUUCCUAAAUCUAAAACUAGUUUCGAAAAUAGUUUUCUAAGACAAAAUUUGGAUGAACGUUUUAACAAACGAAACGGCCAUGAUGUAUCAAAACGUGUCGAUAGGGAUAUUAACUUAAAUAAUAUCGAAUACAGUAGCCUAAACGGUGAAACAUAUGAUUCUUUGAAGUAUUCGCGAAUCGCGAAUGGAACUGAAUCAGUGCAAUUUAAAAGUUACGGUAAAGCUGACACCGUUAAAAGUAAAUUGCUCAGCACAGAUAGUCCAAAAAGCGUGACGUCUUGCAGCGGAGAGAAACUGAACGGUUACAGUGACGCCGAGCAACGAAGUGGUAAAGAGCCACAGCGACCGCUAACCAGCGGUCCAAAAUCUAUCGUAGAUCAAAGGCUGGCAGAAAGACUUGAAGUGAAGGUUGCGGAAUUACCUGCAUUAUACCUUGGGGUCGACUUUUGGACGCCUAAGUCUGCCGCUUUCAAGAAGAGUAUGCGCGAACACGAGUGGAGCGUAUCGUAUGUACUAAAAAUAACA